AAGAAACAAAUAAAAUUAGAAUUUGUGCAGAGCAGAAUGUAGAAGGUGAACCUCUAUCUCUUUAUCCCGAGAAAAUCACAAGGAAAAGAAAAAAAAGCAAUGGGCUUUCUAAUGUGGAGCUCUAGCUCUUGCUUUGUCCAGCCUUCUCUCUCCUACCCUCUUUCUUCUUCUUCUUCUUCACGAUCCAUUUUCUUCCACUCUCCUUCCCCGAAAAAUGCUGAGCCCAAGAGAAGGGGCACUAUCCCAAUGGCCUCCAUGAACCAGGACGAGUCAAGUUGUAGGUAUCCCUUGCAACGGAGGGCCAUUCUCUUUGUGGGUAUUUCAGUUCUUCCCUUGUUACGACUCAGGGCCAGAGCUCUUGACGGUUUGGCCACAAAAGAAGCUGAGGUAAAGACAUCCGAGGGGAACCAAAUAGCUGAGCAGGCACUUCAAAAGGACACUCCACCAAAUGCAUUUGUUUCUCUCCUGAAUGGGAUUGGAAUACUGAGUUCUGGUGUGCUUGGUGCUCUCUAUGCCUCAGCUCAGAAAGAAAAAACAGAAAAUAAUGCAACAAUUGAAGCUAUGAAGACCAAAAUAAAACAGAAGGAAUCUGCUAUCACCACAUUAGAGAAGAAUUUUGAAUCAAAGCUACUCACCGAACAGAAAGAGAGAACUGAGCAACUUAGAAAGGCUAAGGAAGAACAGCUGUCUCUCGUAGACCAACUAAAUUUGGCGAACAGUACAGUUGCAGGAUUGGGACAAGAGCUAAAUAAUGAGAAGAAAUUCAUAGAGGAACUUAAAUUCCAAAUAAAAAGUCUUGAAACUGAUCUUUCUAAGGUGACUCAAGAUAAGAAGAUCUUUGAAGAAGAUCUGAAGGAGAAGUUUGAGCUGAUUGGUGUCCUAGAAGGAAGAAUAAAUUUACUGAACACAGAGGUGAGGGAUAAAGAAGAUAAUGUUCAAAAUCUCAGAUCUUCUCUUGCUAAUAAGGAGUUAGAGUUGAACAACAUGAAGACUACCAAUGAGCAAAUAAAUGAUGAACUAACUCAUGCACGUUCAGGAAUCCAUCAUCUGAAGGAUGAAAUUGUGAAAAAUCAAAAUGAAAUAGAGUUUAAGAACUCUGUUGUUGAGGAAUUAAAUGCAACUGUAAGUUCUUUAAAUAUUGAGAAGGAUCAUCUGGAGAAGAAACUUGAUGCUGUUCAGAAGGAAUACAAUGAGUUAAAGUUAUCAUCUGAAAAGAAGGCAGCCUUGGAUGCUAGGGUUUUGGGAGAAAAAGAAGAAGAGCUUCAGCUGCUAAAAGAAAAGCUUGCACUUGCUACAAGUGAGACUAGUCAAAACGAGGAAAUAAUUGCUAAAUUGACUCAAGAGAAUGAAAAGUUGAGGAAAAUGCUGGAUGAAGAAUCAAACAAGGUAAAUAUUCUGAAACACGAGCUCCAUGCUACACACGAAAGUCUUGCAAAAUCAAGAGACGAGGCCUCUGAUCUGGAAAAACAGUUAAUAAAGUCGAAUAAAUUGUGCAAGGAACUUGAGGCUGAGGUUUCUAGAGUUCAGUCUGAGUUUACCAAAGUUAGCGAUACAUUGAAAAGGAGUCUUGAUGAGGCUAAACAGAGUGGUGAGGAGUUAGCUGGUGAGCUAACUUCAGUGAAGGAGCUUAUGAAGAAGACAAAAGAGAAGCUACAAAAUGUGUCUCUUGAACUGGCAACUGUUGUGGAAGACCGUAAUAGCCUGCAGCAAGAACUCGUUGAUGUCUACAAAAAGGCUGAAAGUGCUGCCAGUGAUUUGAAAGAAGAGAAAAAAACCGUAUCCACUUUGAACAAAGAACUACAAGGCCUGGAGAAGCAGAUAGCAAAGGAUAAGGACUCUAGAAAAUCUCUUGAAACAGACUUAGAAGAGGCUAUCAAAUCACUUGAUGAGAUGAACCGAAAUGCAAUGACACUUUCUAGAGAUUUAGAGAAGGCAAACUCUCGAAUUUCUGAGCUUGAAGAUGAGAAACAGGUGCUCUACAAGACCCUAACAGAGCAAAAGAACGCGUCCAAAGAGGCCCGAGAAAACAUGGAAGAUGCCCAUAACAUGGUGAUGAGACUUGGCAGUGAAAGGGAGACUUUGGAUAAGAAAGCAAAGAAACUUGAAGAGGAUUUAUCUUCAGCCAAGGGUGAAAUAUUGCGGUUAAGGAGUCAAAUGAGCUCAUCAAAGGCUGUUGUAAAUAAUAAGAAAACUGUAACUGAAAAUGUUGAAGCUGAAGAAGACAAAGACAAGGAGAAAGACAAAGUCAAAGUAACUGCCAAGAGAACUGUCCGAAGGAGGAAAGCUAGUUCACAAUGAGAUAGUUAGCAGCAGUACCCUCUGCAGAGUAUUUCUCCAUCAUCUUGUUGUAAUAGUUUUUCAAGGCAUCUGACCAUUUUUUUUUCCUACCCAAAUAAGAGCUGCAAUGUAUAAAUUAGUGAGACUUUAUGACAUUAGUGAAACAAAUACUAUUGUAUGAUAAUUCUUUUCACAA